AUGCCGGAGUGCAACGGGAGCGUAUCCCUGGAGAAGGGCCCGCUCCAGGUCAUCAGCGUCACUGAUGAAAUAGCAAAAUCCGUCGGGAUGGUUCCUUACGCCAAUGCAGAAACGAGCCCUGACGCUGCACCUGCAAAAGAAAAUCAAGAGGAAUAUCAAAAUUCGUUGGCAGAGGAUGUCAUACGUGGGGAUUUUGAUGGAGGGAACCAACGUGAAGAAAAGCGGGAGGAAAGCGAUGGGAUGCUACAGCAGGGAUCAGCUGAUACCCAGGACGCGGACACCGACGGCCAGGAAUCGGAGGAAGCCAGCACUGGCAGAAGGGUGACUGCAGCCGAGGAGGAGGAGGAGGAGGAGGAAGAAGAGGCAGAGGAGUUGGAGGAGGACACCGAAGAGGAUGAAGUUCAGGUGAUUGAAAUGAAGAAGGAGAACGGCGAGGCGUCCUGCCUAAAGCAGCCGGGCAGCGGCAAGGAGGCGUCUCCCCCACCCAGCCCCGACUGCAACGCCCAAGCGGAGAAACCAGGGGAGCAGUCCAGCCUGGGGAAAAAAAAUGACAUCUCCAGACACAGCUACUCCAGAUACAACACAAUCUCCUACCGGAGGAUCAGAAAAGGAAACACCAAACAACGAAUCGAUGAGUUUGAAUCCAUGAUGCACUUAUAG